CACGGCGCUGAACUGAAGCAUGCGCCUUGUCAUUUUCAUUGGUUGGUCAUAGAUUAAAAUUACAAUAAUCUACCAAUAAUUGGACCAUCGCUCAAGUCUCAUACUGUGAUAAGUCUAUUUUACGGUGGUAGUGGACUGUCUCAUGUGCAUAUAAGUGAAAUAAAAUAAAUUAAAACACCAUGCAAAUCAAAGAAUACCGAGUUACUCUUCCUCUCACAGUAGAAGAGUACCAAGUCGCGCAGCUGUACUGCGUGGCAGAAGUGUCCAAAAAUGAAACAGGCGGCGGCGAAGGCAUAGAAGUUAUAAAGAAUGAGCCCUUCAAAGACUUCCCACUGCUCGGUGGGAAAUACUCUUCGGGGCAGUACACAUACAAGAUCUACCACCUGGCGUCGAAGGUGCCGGCGUUCAUCAGACUGCUCGCUCCCAAGGGCUCGCUGGAAGUGCACGAGGAGGCCUGGAACGCGUACCCUUACUGCCGGACCGUUCUCACGAACCCCGGCUACAUGAAAGAGAACUUCGUCAUUUGCAUAGAAUCCCUCCACUUACCAGACGCGGGUGACCAAUACAAUGUGCACGAACUAACCGGCGAGAAGCUAAAGAACCGUGAAGUGGUCCACAUCGACAUCGCCAACGACCCCGUGGCGCCGGCGGACUACAAGCCCGAGACCGACCCCACCAAGUUCAAGUCCGCCAAGACCGGCCGCGGCCCGCUGGUCACGCCCACCUGGAAGAACGAGGUCAAACCCGUCAUGACCUGCUACAAGCUCGUCACCGCCGAGUUCAAGUGGUUCGGACUCCAGAGUAAAGUAGAAAAUGUCAUCCAGAAAUCAGAACGGCGGCUGUUCACCAUAUUCCAUAGGCAAGUAUUCUGCUCCAUGGACGACUGGUACGGCAUGACGAUGGCCGACAUCCGCGCCAUCGAGGACCGCACCAAGGAGGAGCUGGAGAAGCUGCGCCGCGAGGGGGAGGUGCGCGGCAUGCGCGCCGACAACGAGUAAGAUGACAACACACCCAGCACGGGCCACUCUAACCUCAUACACACGCGCUAACACCAUACUUUAUGUUAAAACAUUACCAGCGUAGCACCGUAAGCGCGCGACUCUUUCGCGCCUCGAUAUACGUCACCCGUCACUCUCUCACAGUACUGCACAGAAAGAGACAGGUGAUCUCUGUCGCGGCGAGAAAGAGUCGCGUGCUUACGGUGCUAAGCCCGCAGGUAGCUAGCUGACUAGGGCAAGAUGCUGACCUGCGACAGCCAAUUGUGCCGAAACUAAAAAAAGAAUCUUGUGUUUUCUGCCAGUACGUCUUAAGUUGGGGUACUGUACUGACCAACGUUACGAGGUGUUAUGUAACAUUCUCAUCGAGCAUGUUACGCUGUGUUCGAAAAUCGGCGUUAGAGUAACGCAAGAAAUUAAAGAUGACGAUACGGCUCGCCACCUAUCACGUUGGUCUAAAAGAAAGCUAAGUGAGGCGUGGGUACUUAGUUCAUCUUAAGAUGGAUGUAUGGCAUAUAGUCGUAAACUUAAAAAAAAUAUUUAGGAACCUCAGAAAACACUUAUUGAAACUGGUGGACAAAACUUUAUUUUAAUUCGGGAACUCUAACCACCUUACAAAUAAAAAAUAACCCAAAUAGUUUAAGUAUUUGACAGCCAGCAUAAUUGUAAGAUGGUAAAAAUAUUGCCAUCCUCCAUUUACAAUGAGUGCAAGAAAAAGACAAGUACUUUUAGAAUUUACAACCUAAAGAAAAAAAAUUGGGUCGGUCAGAAUCGGCAAUACUCGAUUACGUUGGUUCAAAACAAUGUACGUUGGUUCAUUAGAGUUCUCACAUAUAAAAAAACAAAUAUUAAAAAAAAAACAGAGGUAGUUAUGUAUAGCAGUCAGAGCGAGAGUAUGUGUAAAUAUGCGGCUGCAUUUAGUCUCUCCGCGUAUUUGUCAUAGCCCUCAAGAGUUAUUUCCAGGUCUAUUUCCGGUCCGUCAAAUGGUUGGUAAAACUGUCUGCUUAAUGUUUCGCAACUUGGCUGUCGCAGUAAAGCCGCCUAGUGAGCAGGCCUUAUGUUAUAACACAUUCAGAUUAGUUAGUUUGAAAUGUCAUGAAUAGGAACGAAAGUAUUUGGCAUUAAGAGUAGUUGUUGACAGUACUACAAGAACCACGCCUCGCAUCUCUCUUGUCACGUAGGUCAGCUGGAAGAAAUCUCUUUGUUUUGAGAUAAGCUUGCCUGUACUAUCUGUUUUCUUUGUAUGUUUCUUGUGUCUGUUUCAUUGUGUACAAAUAAAUAAAUAAAUAAAUAAACCACAUUCUUAAAUAUUGUCUCUCUUCUAGCGAUUAAAGAAACAUGUAACAGUAACAAGACAAGUCUCUGCAUAAGAGGAUUUCAAAUCCAUGUUCUGGAAUUCGAAAGCAUUAUGUUUGUAACGGCCAAUACAAGAUCCACCUAAUCAUAGUGUAAUUGGCGCUGAAGGACGGAUUCCUUUUAGACUGAUGGAAAACAGAAUACCAAAACUUCAACUGGCAUUUUUUAAGGAACUAUUUUUAAUUAUUUUUUAAUGUAUAAUAUUGUAAUGAUUUGAAUGUAUUUUUGGAUGAGGCCAAAAAAAAAGCCAGUAAAUUGUCUACAAAAAUGUCACAACUGCUCAUAAUAUAACAGAGUAGUAAAACUACUAAUGCCAGUAGCGACUAUGAAUCGUUCAUGUCACAUUAAUAGCAGACAAAGGUAAAAUCUCAUGUCGCUCUCACAAAUCGUUCGAUUUAUUCUGAAACUUCAGUUUAUUUCUAGAUUUUUAAGUGAAAUUAUACUUAAUUUGUGUAUAUGAGGUUCGUUGGUCGAUCGGUUUACGGGAUAGCAGAAACCUUCAUAUUUUCCAAACAGUCGUUUCAAAUCUUAGACAAAAGUUAGUAAAGCAUGCCUUGACAUUCUAUUUUCCAUCCCAUCCUAAACUUAUUAACAACUAACCCAUGGUGUAAGAAGACCAGGUAUACUCAAUCCUAUGACAAGCCGCCAUUGCUAGCCCUUUGAUGACGUAAGUGUUACUACUGUAUUACCAUUAAAUUGGUAUCACCAACAUUCCAAAGACGUAAAUUUUAUUAUUGAAAAUUAAGUGAAUUACUGACUAAUGUAUUAAAUUACUAUUAUUUGUCGCAUAUAUAAAAAUCAUUACAACUGUAAGUAAAUAUUUUACUAAAAGUUCAAAAUUUCCUUGCAAAGUAAAUAUAAAAACAUUGGUCGUGGGUAAUUUAUUUUACAAAAUGGCAACGCAGGGUGGGAUGACGUCAGCUGGGCUAACCGUUGAAAUGUUAGCUGUCACUUUUGAGCAUACCUGGUUUUCUUAUACCAUGAACUAACAAAUCAUUACUAAAUGACAUAGUCAAUGAACCUUGUGCAGUGUAUGGAUCCAUACACGAUCAUGACGUCACCCACUUGUAAAUAAGAUCUGUGGAGCUAUUGUGUUACUAACCCAGGUGGUCGGAACUAUUUGAUACUUUAUUUCUUGUCGACUUAUUCCUUCAAAAAUAACGAUUUCAAUUACAGAAAGAAAGGCGCGCUGGACGACAAAUAAAUAACAAACGCCACAUCUGAUUGCCAGCUUGCACAAUAGCACUGCAGGUUUCCUGGUCACGGGUAGACGUCAAGAUAAUGUAUAAAAAAAUAAAAAUCGCGCAAAAAUCCCGUUACAUUGUUUUAUUUUUUUAUAACCUUAUUUUUGGAUUGUAUAUUUUUAAAAGAAUAUUUUUACCGUUACUUGACGUCUGCUACAUGUGAAGAGUCAGUGUUGCUAUGUAAAUAAUAUUAUUUUUGACUACAAUUAAUAAUCUGUACACUGUCACGAUCUGAUCGCAUCCUGUGCAACAUAGUCACUCGACACUUCCACUAAUGAAUUAAAUUACUAAUAAUAAAAUUAUAAUAUAUUUGAUGUUUGUAAUCCGUCAUGUUAUUUCUAAGUCACUGGCAAUUGUAAUCUAAGUACUUUAGUGGCAUAGUUGCCCCAAGUAAUAAGGUGUUCUGCUAUCCCGCGCUGCCGUAACGCAAAUCUAGAUGUAUGCGUGGCGGCGACCGGGCACGAUACACUGCGGAGUGAAGUGAUACUGCGAUGUACAUCCGGCGUCGUCCACGCCGGCCGCGUGCUGGGGACAAGCUCGCUCACCCCCCGCCUCCACGAGCGACCGCUCGCCGCCGCGACUGCUGGCAGUCCCAUUAAACUAUCUCCAAAUAUCCAAAUAGCUCUAUGUUGUAUCUAAAGAGUCUCACAGACUUCUAUAACGCUAAACCAAAGCCAUAAAACUGCAUUUUAUUGUCUAUAUCUAUAGAUAUUUAACUCGGUAGACGCGGACUCACGAGGCGGGGGCAAAUAUUAGAAAAAAUAACGUCAUUGAGACGCGGUAUAGAUACUAUUUAAAUAAUAACUAAUAAGUCGAUGUAGUCAGUGGUUAACAGGUAGUGUUGUCGUUACCUUAUUAAUAAAAUGUCAUUCGAGACAAAUUUUUUGGACAACUAUUCAUUAGCAACGAGAAUUGAAGAUGUAAGGCAUUUUUAGGCCCAAGUUGUAACGUGUCGCUGUUUAAAGUUCCGUUAGGUGUGUCCUGUGUAGAGCAGGUUCUUUGGCUGUUGUGUAUUAUAAUAAAGUUACACUUGUAAGUACUUUCGCAAUAGUACCAGGUAGUCGGGCACGAGGUUAUUAGGAGAAAACUAUAUAUCGGUGCAAUAUGUUUCGAGGCAACCCGAGAUAUGUCAUGGUAGUUUGGUUAUUUUAAUAAAUUGGGGUGUUGCAAGGUGAAUGUUGCGCACUAACUAAUAAAAUAGGUAGGGGUCAGGAGAGGGGUACAGUGUCCACUGCGGGGGCCGGGGCGCGGUCGCGGUAUACGGGUUCAGGUUGCAACACCCCCGGUUGUAGUGAUCGCUUGUAUAUUUUAUUGUAAGUUUUGUUGUUUAACAAAUCAGUAUUUUUAAUAUUUGUGUGACAUUCCAGAUUCUAUAUCGAUGGUAACAGUUUAUGAACAUUUAGUUUGAUUUGCGACUUAAUUUUCUCCAUUUUAUGAUAGCUCUCUCUAAGCUGUACGGAGUCAAUCCAGUCUCAAAUGAUCAGUACAAUGUCUUGUUUUAUUUUUUGUUGAUUUCACAUUCUCAAUGAAGUCACUUGUGUUCAAUGUUCCUUCGAUUUUGUUUCGAUCAUUCUACAACUCUGUGGCCGUGUAUUUAUAUUUAUUGUGCCGCCUCUGCGGAGCGCGUCGCGGCCGCCGCUACAUUGUAUAUUGCAGUAUAUUUUCUGUACAAAUGGCGUGAUCCUUACCGCGAAGCCGCGCCGCUCUCGGCAGGGGCGACUGCUUCUUAUUUGCACUUUUUAAUUAAGUUUUUUACUUACGUUGUAAUAAGUUUUACAUCAAAUACAGCGUGAUAUAUAUAUUUGAGAGUAGUCUUUUAUUAGUAGAAAUUAGAAAAUUGUUAGCAACCCGCUUUUAGCAUCGCAUAGAGCUUAUGUGUUAAUCUGUUAAAUUUUUAUAUUUCUCGAACAAUUUUUGAUAGGUACUUAAUUUUUCCUGACGAGAACAUUUUUGAAUCUUUAUCUAUCGUCGUGUAAGCUCUUUGAAAUUAACUUUGUAACUUGGAUUAUCUCCCCGAGGUCACUCAUGACAAUAUAACGUAGGUUUACUUCUCUCGGACCAAUAAUAACGGUCGAAUUUUCACAUUAACACCAGUUGGUUCGUAGCUCCUAUAAUACACCAAAUAUCGUAUCCAAGAAGUCUACUAACUUAGUAAUAAUAUAAACAUGAAUAUUUAAAGCUUUUGCUUUGAAAAUGUUAAAAGCCUAUUUGUUGCAGUUACCAAAUAAAAUUAAGUACACAC